GCUCACCCGCCCGCGCUCGCACAUCUCCGCGUCAAGGUGGAGGGUUGCAAGAGCGUAACACUCUCCGCUCCACUGGCCAAGUCUCACUAUUGCGACGCUCAGGAUUGGCCAUCGAUAUCAACCGGCGUGUUGAGCGACGGACAAGGCCGUGUUCCGCAUCUGCACACGCUAUCCACUCCAUGUCCCAGCACUACACGAGGGGCCACAUGGGACUAGAGCGCGCUCAGCUAUAAUAGCCCACGCCGGCCAAUCGGGCCAUGUCUAUUUCCCAUCGCGACGUGAACGAGAUGACCACCGACACUCCCCAGCCUGUCUCGCUCAUCGUCCUCGGCGGCGGGCAGCGCGGCGUCAUCUACGCACAUUACUGCACGCAGAACGGGGCGAGAAUCGCCGCCGUCGCUGACCCGCGCGAAGGCCGCCGCAAGCUAUUCGCGCGCCGAUAUCACGUGCCGCAGGACAAGCUGUUCGCCGACUGGCGCGAGGUAGCCGAGCGCCCCAAGUUUGCCGAUGCGGUCGUUGUCGCGGUGCUGGACCAGCUGCAUGCUGAGGUUGUGCAUGUCUUUGCGGCGCUGGGCUACCACAUCCUCGUGGAGAAGCCGAUGGCCACCGCGAUUGCCGAUUGCGUCUCGAUGGUCCGCGAUAUCACCCCCACCACGAUCUUUGGCGUUGGGCAUGUGUUGCGCUACUCGCCGUACAAUGUGGCCGUCAAGAAGGUCAUUGAUUCAGGCAUUCUGGGCGAAAUUGUAAACAUCCAGCACCAAGAGCCUGUGGGCAACGUGCACUUUUCGCACUCAUUCGUCCGUGGUAACUGGAGAAACGAAGACACGACCACUUUUGCGCUUAUGGCCAAGUGCUGUCAUGACCUUGACAUCCUGAGCUUUUACCUUUCGGGUGCCAAGCCUGUGCGUGUCUCCUCUUUUGGCAGCCUCUUCAACUUCAAGCCGUCCAAGAAGCCUAGGGAGGCAGGGGAUGCGACCCGCUGCCUCGAGUGCCCCGCAGAGCCUGAGUGCGUGUGGAGCGCAAAGCGGAUCUAUGUCGACGCCCUCGAGAAGGGGGAAAGGGCGUGGGCGGACGUCUUUGUGGACGAAGUGACGCCCGAGAAUGUGAUGGCGGCGCUCAAGGACGGGCCGUAUGGGCAGUGCGUCUUUGAGGCGGGCAACGACGUGGUCGACCACCAAGUCGUCAACAUCGAAUACGAAGGAGGCGUGACGGCCAACAUUCAAGGCACAUUGGGCGAGCUCGUGGGCAACAUGCGCUCGUUUACAGUGUACGACUUCCGGACGCGCCAGCGGACAACCCAUACGCCCGAGGAGACGGACGAGGGCGGGCACGGCGGCGGCGACGCUGGUCUCUCCAAGGCUUUCGUGGAUGCUGUCGUGCAGCGCAAGCAGGAAUGCUUGGGAAUCACCCCCGACGACGUACUCAACUCGCAUCUCAUCGUCUUCGCGGCUGAGAAGGCGCGGCACACAAACACAGUCGUCGAUUUCGACACGUUCAAGGCCCAGGCGCUAGAGGGCACCGCGACGUACAAGUAGUUUUGACUUGGAUGACGAGGAAAUGUACAGCAGUCCAUGAAUCUGCCACAUGCGCGGCGACAGCGCUCAAGGCAUGUCUCGAGCGGAUCUUGGCUUGAAUUGGAAUGUUCGGUGCCACGGGGUCGAGGUGGGGGACGCCAG